CAAUCCUAUCGCUCGCAUCGAGAGCGUGACGAGCCAAUCCCCAUCCGCUACCUCGAUGCCCCUUCCCGCUCUUCGCGUGCGACGACGGGCGACGACCCGGACCAUCGCAUGGACGGCGCACCCCUGCCCGGUCGCCCGCACUCGCAGUCGCUCCCACAGCAUCCGCAGCACAUGGGUGCGUCGCGUUCGCGCAACCGCUCGCAAUCACCGCACCGCGGUGAUCGCGACUACCAUCACCUUCCUGUUCCCCACCAUUCUCAUUCCCACUCCCACUCCCGCUCCCGCGGUUCAUCAGCUGUGGGUGGGCAUCCGUCACACGGGCAGCUGCAUCCGUCUGCAAGCGCAUCUGGGCCCGGAGUGUCGCCUCCAGGGAGCACGGGCGUAUCGCCGAUCCCUGGACAUGGCACGGGCCCGCUUGCUGCGCCGGGACAAGUGCAGACCUACCAGACGCACAUCUUUGCGCCGCCGGUAACUGGGGCGCCGGUAAAGAAGAGCAAGACACUGACGGGACAAGGGAGC